GAAGGGGAGAGGGAGGGAGGUGUCUCUCAGAACAACCGAGGCAGCAGCUAGAGGAGCAAGAUGAGUGAGUUACCCCUGCACAUCAAUAUCCAUGAUCCUCGUUGGGACCAGUCUACCUUUGUGGGACGUGCUAAGCACUUCUUCACUGUCACCAACCCUUUGAACCUUCUACUAUCUGAGGAAGAACUGAAUAAAGCCCGAAUGAUUGUGAUGAACUACAGGGCAGGGAUCGUGACCCCUGGGCUGACUGAAGAGGAACUAUGGAAGGCCAAGUAUAAAUAUGACUCAGCCUUCCACCCUGACACUGGGGAAAAGGUCUUUAUCAUUGGCCGAAUGUCAGCCCAAGUACCCAUGAAUAUGCUGAUCAGUGGUGGCAUGCUCACCUUCUACAGGAAAGUUUCAACUGUGGUGUUCUGGCAGUGGGUGAACCAGUCCUUCAAUGCUAUUGUCAACUACUCCAAUAGAAGUGGAGAUGCAAAGAUUACUGAUACGCAGCUGGGAAUAGCUUACUUGAGUGCUACCAGUGGGGCUGUGGUCACUGCUCUGGGACUCAACUCCCUCACCAAACAUCUGCCUAGCAUGGUUGGCCGCUUCAUCCCAUUCACAGCUGUGGCUGCUGCCAAUUGCAUCAACAUCCCACUGAUGAGGCAGAGGGAGAUAGAGGUGGGGAUCCCCGUGACUGAUGAUUAUGGCCAGAGGUUAGGCACUUCCUCCAAGGCGGCUCAGCUGGGCAUCUUCCAGGUGGUGAUGUCCCGAAUCGGCAUGGCUAUCCCUGCUCUGACCAUACCCCCUGUAAUUAUGAGUGUGUGGGAGAAAAGAAAAUUCUUGAAGCAAAGACCGUGGCUCAUUGGGCCCCUGCAGGUGGGGCUGGUCGGCAUUUGCCUGGUGUUUGCUACUCCCCUGUGCUGCGGUCUCUUCCCCCAGAGGAGCUCCAUUCGAGUGUCCUGGCUGGAGCCGGAGCUCAGAGAUCGGAUCAAGAAGCAGAACCCCAACACUGAGGUCGUUUACUUCAACAAGGGACUGUGAGGGGAGGGGUCCGCCCUAUGUGCUCUGCCCCCAGGCCAUCCCGAGGGUCCUGCCCCUGACCCUGUGCAUCCCAGCUGUGGCACCUCUUCUGCUCCCCCUAUCCUCCCCUAGUUCUCCGGCUCUCAGCAUGUCCCCCAGAGCCCUGAAACUGGAGAUGACCUUUCCCAGGAAGGACUCGUGCCCUCUUCCCAUUAAGUCCUAAAGAUCAGGGGCAGAUCCCCGGCCAGGGUUGCUGGAGGGCAGUGUCUGCCCAGCUGCCUCUGAGGAGCCAGUGUGUCCAGGGGAGGCAGCAUUCUGGGCUGUUUCCUCAGGUCCCAGCAUCCCGGGAUUGUGGGGGGCACCAGAAGAAGAGAUUCCCACGGGCUGCCCCACCGCCUCCUUCCCCAUUAGAACAAAACGUGUCCGUAUGUUUGUUUGUCCGGGAGAGCUUCACUCCAGAACUCCACAGAGCAGCUGCCACUCCCCCAGGCCACUGGGGAGGCCACAGAGCUCCCCUGAUCCUCUGCAGGGUCCAGGGGCCACAGCCACAGUUUGUGUUCCUGUCUGUAUGUCUGACCAUAUUAUGGUACAUUUGUCUGUGAUACAGCCUGACUCUGAAGGAAUGUCUGUGAGGCCUGAGGGCAUGAGUCUGGCACAUCCAGAUUUCUUUGCUUAUCCUCAUGUGUGAUUCUGUUGGCAUCAGAGCCAAAAUGGUCCUGGGUCCCAAGGAGUCUAUCUCAUGAACAGGCACAUUCUCAAUUCUUUUGUUUCUUUGUUUCCUAAAAC